AUGGACCCUGGUGAGGAUUUGUCGUUCUCUGAGCGUGCAUCUGAACUGGUGAGGACAUUGCUGGCGCCUGAUGCAACGCCCAGUGAGAGUGCCCAGAAGGCGCUCUCGGAGCUGAUCGACAUGGUACCUCGUGUCUACGAUGGGCUCACGGAGCUCGCCAACGCUCAGGAUGGCCUUGACCAGCCAAAGAACCCGACUGUUAGCAAGAGUGUCGAGCAGACACCCGACCGGAAAGUGACCAAGGACCCGAGAACAGGAAAAGCUUUGCAAGAACGCAACAGCUACGCGGUGGGAGUGUGGCGGAGGGUGAAGAUGAAGUUGGACGGUCGUGACCCUGACAGCAACAAGCGCUCCAGCGUCGCCGAGCAGGUGGAUUACAUCAUCAGCGAGGCUACUCGCCUGGAGAACUUGGCACUGCUGUACGAAGGCUGGACGCCUUGGGUGUGAUCCGCCACCGGCAUCAGCCCCCCCUGGGAGUGGGGGGCAACUGGAUUCCUGGCUCCAGCAGACGACGCGGGACAGCAGACGACGACAAUGAUGGCACCCGAGAUCAACAGCAAAACGCAAGGCAGCCCCCCUCCGCAGUAACCCCUGCUGGGGGAAAAAAAAGCUAAAAAAAAAGAAAAUGACGAGGGUGAGAGAGAGGAGGAGGGCCCGGUGCGCGCGCCUCGCAGUUAUGUCGUCGCCACGACAACCACCGCCAACCAAACAACCCUUACGUCGGCUCUUAAAAGCAGAACGCUCUCUCCUCAAGUCUCUCUGUACGACAAGCGACCGCCACGGGGAAACAAACGGGACUCCGGGGCUGCCAGCACGCCCCGGCCAAUGACCGCGGUAGCCAUCUUCCUGUACUCCUCCCCGCCAGCCUCCCUCUCGCAUCCACGGAGCACGCCGGACAUCUGUCGCUACAGACAAGCAUAACACGCCUCCGGCAGACUGCAUUUGCUGCCAAGCCUGUCCUUAGAAAGAGCGCAAGUGGGGUCGACAGGAGGUUAUGCAUUUCCGAGUCUGCUUCGAGGGUUUGUCUGAGGAGGGAGAGUUGUCAGUGGCCAUCGGUAGGUGGCACCACUGCCUGUGCUUCCGGGAGGGGGAAGGACCCUUACUCACAGGUGGCGCAACCUGGUGUUUUGUUUCAAUUUCUUCGACACCGCUAGUGGGAGUUGCCCUACGGGUGUUUGAAAGGCUGCAGAAUUUCUUUGGCAAGAGGAAGAUAUCGAAGCAGAGAAAAUAAGCAGCAGCUUGUGUAACCUACGCUCUUUGCCACGCUAUUUCCCGGCAAGUGUUCGACAAACAUGCUGUGUGCUUCUGACCUUUUUUUUUCCCCUAGUUUUUUUUAUGGCCUGUUUUUUUUUUUCAACCGUUCCUUUUUGGUUUGAACUUUUUGCAGUUCCCUGCUAGCAAUGUUAUUUCUCUCCUAGUUUUUUGUGUGCCUCUUAUAGCAGAUGCAUGAAGUUUGUUUUUCCUUGUGUGCUGGAAGUUUUGUACGUCAGAAGGUCAGGGUGGACACUGGUUAAUGCAGAGACUUGGAGAGUCAUUCACGUAGCUUGCAAUCUUAAUGUGUACGUACCAUUUUUUUUUUUAAAUGUCCUCACUUAAGCACAUUUCGUAAUCUGAUGUUUUGCCUUUUUUUUUUUUGGCAAAUUUAGAGCAAGAGUUCACAGUUUGGGCUAAUUGGGCGUAGAUGUCUUUUUCUGUCUUCGUUGUUUUGGACACGUCUUCCUGCUUUUGUUGGUUUUUUUGCGGACCCAAUUUAUUUUUCUCCUAGUGUACCAGAACGCAUCAAUAAAAGCCAUCAAUUUAAAA